CGGUAAUACUGACAGCAGCGCCUCCUCACUCAGCUCCGCCAUGACACCGGCAGCAGCUCCUCCACACACAGCGGCUCCCACCGUUCCCAGUCCCCCACCCCCUAGGCUUGCCGUCCAAUGAGCACUACUCGUUAGGCGCAUGCGCUAAAGGGAAGACGCGCGAGAAUGGCAGUUGGACGCCGCCUGCCUACUAGUGCUCCGCCCUCUGCCCUACUCCUGACUAACGCCAAUGAAAAGCGCUUCUAACGCAACCGAUGGUCGAAAGAACCAAUCCCACUCUCCCAGGGCAGAGCGCAUGUAGAACAGCGAGGUGGGUCCCGGAGUUUUGGAUGCUCGGACUCUGGGACCCCGACGGCCCCCUUCGCGUGUCUUCUAUCAAAGAGCAGAAACAGACGGCUGUUUAAACCAAUCAAUCCCAGAAACUUUCCUGGGCCCUGCCCAAUCGGAAAAUAGAAGGGCAGUUGUAUUUCUUGAUAUUUGAAAAGGGGCUGCCCAAUGAGGCGGAGUCUGAGAGGGCUGGUGAAGAGUGACUGAUAAUGCUGUCAACCAAUAAGGGUUACCGCCUCUCUCACCUCAGAAAAACCCUCAACUACCUCUCCAGCUGAACCUGUACAAAAGAGCUUAAAAAUUCAGAAUUUUUUUUUAAAUAAAAUCAUUUGGUUUUGAAACUGAAGCGAAGACUGGCACUCCUCAAAGUCUCAGGACGGACAACUCGCGACCCGCUGCGGAACAAAAGUCCCCUGCUCCGGGAGGCGUCCGCCCCGGCAAGCCGAGCCGCCGCUCAUUGGCCCGCCACGGCCUCCUGAUAGACGUCGUCCGGGCCCAAUGACUCGCUGCGCUGGAGGCGGGUCUCACACACGGGCCUAUAGGAGCCUGCGGCGGCUCCACCAAUGGAAUCAAGGCAGGGGGCGUGGCGGGAGGUUUGAAACUCGGCGUCGGGAGUUGAGGCUCCAGUUCUUGUGCUCCCAAAAGAGGAAUCGGGGCCCGCCAUCAUCUAUCUCCACAGAGGCCUCUGGCCCAGCGGCCCGGAGGCUCCUGGGCGGGGAACCGGGAAGACCGAGUGGUCUGGAGUCAGAGGUCGGACGUGGUCGCGGAAAUGGCUGAGAUCUGAGUCAUUUGUCACAGGCAUCCCCUCCUCGCCCCGGGCCGGGCCCUCCCCCACCUUAUUCCUCCUGGUUGAGAUGGGUUCAGCCAAGAGCGCCCCAGUCACUCCGGCGCGGCCCCCGCCGCACAACAAGCUUCUGGCCCGAGUGGCGGACCCCCGUUCACCUAGCGCCGGCAUCCUGCGCACUCCCAUCCAGGUGGAGAGCUCUCCACAGGUAAACCUACCAGCAGGCGAGCAGCAGGAGGAUCCUAAUCAGGCCCAAGACUCAGAUCCCCGCUCUCCUACCCUUGGUAUUGCACGGACACCUAUGAAGACCAGCAGUGGAGAGCCCCCAAGCCCACUGGUGAAACAGCUGAGUGAAGUAUUUGAGACUGAAGCCCCCAAGUCGAAUCUUCCCCCAGAGCCUGUUCUGCCCCUAGAGGCAACUUCAUCUUCUGAAUUGGACUUGCCUCUGGGCACUCAGUUUUCCCUUGAGGACCAGAUGCCACCCUGGAGCCAGACUGAGCUCCCCUCCAAGCAGGUUUUUCCCAAGGAGGAAGCAGGACAGCCCUCAGAAACCCCCAUGGCCAGCCAGGGCUCGGACAAGCCCUUGAGAGACCCUGAGACUCCCCGAUCUUCAGGUUCUAAGCACAAUAGACGGAAAACAAAUGGCAAGGCACUAGGGAGAUCUCCCCUCACCAUCCUACAAGAUGACAACUCCCCUGGAACUCUACCACCACGGCAGGGUAAGUGGCCUUCUCCCCUGAGUGAAAAUCCUAGGGAACUAAAGGAAGGGGCCUCUCUGGGAUCUGGACGACUUCUGAAAACUGGAGGCCGCAUGUGGGAGCAGGACCAGGACCAGGACAAGGAGAAUCAGCACUUUCCAAACUUGGUGGAGAACUAGGUGCGUGGCCCCAGUGCUGGGCUCACCAGGGGCCUAGUGACGUAGCAUCCCUUCAACCCCGUCUUUCCCUGGAAGAUGGGAAAGGCACGACCCCCCCUGAACUCACAGCUUGGGGACUGAGCACUUUCUUGGGCUAUCUUUGUGUCUCACGUGUUUCUUGUAUAUUAAAGAAAGUAGUUUUAAAUG